CGUUAGUCAAAGGUGGCCUACUGUGUUACAUUUGGUGCACUUUGAAUGCAACAGUUUAAAUUCCAUACAGAAAAGAUGGUCACCAUGUCGUCAUCCUCAUACUCAUCGGACUUCCCUUCUCUUCCAUAUUCAGUCAAUCACAAACCUACAAAACAAAAAAUAUUACUCCUAACACUUCACAAACUUAUAAUAGUACUGUAGUAAUAGUAAUGUCAAAUGCUUUGACUCGGACUCGCUCCGGUGACCCAUUCUGUAAUGCUCCUCCGAUGAGAGGCUAGCAUCAUCUGCACUACCACCAGCAAGUAAUGCAUAAACAGCUUCACCGAGCCUUGAACAACCAAAUCCACUCACCUGACCCCGACCACCAUUCGUCCACAUUCUAUAUUUCCAACUCGCCCUCGCUUUCUAACUCUUUCAGUAAUUUAGAUCGUAUUAUUGAAUCGCUUACUCCUACUGUUCCGGCUCACUGCUUCAACGAGUGCCUGGCUGAAAUACGGCCGUACUUUUGUCUGGGUGAUCUUUGGGAAUCAUUUAAAGAAUGGAGUGUGUAUGGAGUAAGAGUUCCUCUUUUAUUAAGUGGGAAUAACACCGUUAAACAGUACUAUGUUCCAUCCUUGUCAGGCAUUCAAUUGUAUGUACAACCAAAUCGAUUGAGGAAGCAUGGUACUAGAGAUAGUGAUGUUGAAUCCUCGCGGCAGGCAAAUAGUGCUUGUAGCAGUGAUCGCGAAGCAGAAAAGCUGGAUGAAGGUGGAUUUCAGAGACAUAGCUUAAAAGAUCAAUCUCAUCAUAUUUGUUCUAGUGGUGAAACUGAGAAUUCCAGUUCACAAGGGCUGCUUGUUUAUGAAUAUUUGGAACAGGAGCAGCCUCAUCAUCGAAAACCUUUAUUUGAUAAGAUUUCAACGCUUGUGUCAAAAUUUCCAGAUAUUGAAUGCUACAAGAGCUGUGAUUUAUUGCCUGCGAGUUGGUUUUGUGUGGCUUGGUACCCUAUAUAUAGAAUACCAAUGGGGCCAACUCUACAAAAUCUGGAUGCAUCUUUUCUGACAUUCCAUUCUUUAUCCACUCGAAGUAAGAAUCAAGUACAGUUUGAUAUGUUGAAUGGCAGGAGGGCCUAUAACAAGGUUGCUUCAAACAUAUCUUUGCCUGUUCUUGGCCUUGCUUCAUAUAAGUUGAGAGGCUCCAUUUUAACCUCAGGCAGAACCAAUGAAUGUCAGCACGAAAAUUUACUAUUGCAGGCUGCUGACAAUUUGCUUCAACGAUUGGAUGUUAAUCUUCCUGAUUUUCAAUUUUUUACUUCACAUACUUCUAAAAGUUAAAUGAUGAUGAUAGCGGCGGGAUGCAAGAAUUCAAGGUGAAAAUAUCUGCAUAAAUGAACUUUUUGUCGUACCAAACAGCUUAUUCAUUUUGUUGCUGUUUGUAAGUUCUACCCCAAUACCACGCUAACCGCAGAAUCUAGCUAGAAAUGGAUAAAAUGCAAAAUGCAGUUGUAUUGCUGCGUAUUUUCUGGCGCAUGAGCACGAAAACAACUUGUAUUGGUUCCUGUUGUUUUACAUCCUCAACAUGCUGACUGGAAAUUUGUUCUGUUUUCGCCUACCUACACCCACACGGAGCUGAAGCAUUAUCUGGUUUAUUGACGGAGCACAAGCACGAGUAUCUUCUACUUUAUCAGGUUUAUUGUUGUUGAGAUUUGAAGUAUGCUCGUAUAGUUUGGGUCUUAUUCUACAGAAGUUGUAUAGUUUGUUAGGGAUCAAAUUUUCCCACAGCUUUUAACAAUAUAUCCCCAAGAUUACAGCAACUAAGAAUGGGGAUCUAUAACCAUUGAAAUAAGUCCCUAUCCCACUUAUAGAGGAUUAUAUUAUACCACAGGUUUAUCAGUAAUGAUAGUUUGAAUCUUUCAUAUGUUGAGCAUUAUUUUCUGCUAUAAAAAUGAAAAUUGAAUCCUUGGAA